CAACUGCCAACUAGUUGGAAAUUUGACACACACUGACUGCACUCACCCAUCCGGCCUCUCUCCAGUUGCGCUACGCUACACCCUGUUCUCGACUCCUCCAAACCAAAAUACAAAUAUUUUUCAUUUUGUGACAAGGUGGAAAGACCGAGCUGAAUUUCAUCAUAAUUCUUGACAAGGUGGACGUUGACUGUUCUAAUUUCUAAAAUGUUGGACAAAGCACGGAGCGUAGGUUUGGCUGGUCAUGUCGGGUUCGAUAACCUUCCCGACCAACUUGUGAAUAAGGCGGUGCAAAAAGGAUUUGUGUUCAACUUAUUGUGUAUAGGGGAAACCGGAAUUGGAAAGUCUACUCUUAUGGAUACAUUGUUUAAUACCAGUUUUGAAGCGAAACCAAAUUCUCAUAAGUGUGCAUCGGUAAUUUUGAAGCCACAAGCAUAUGAACUUUUGGAAGGCAACGUCCAGAUGAAACUCACCAUCGUUGACACUGUCGGGUACGGAGAUCAGGUCAAUAAAGAUGACAGUUUUAAGCCAAUAGUGGAUUAUAUCGAUCAACAAUUUGAAGCUUACCUACAAGAGGAACUUAAAAUCAAGCGAUGCCUUCAAGCAUAUCAUGACACUCGAGUGCAUUCAUGCCUUUACUUCAUCUGUCCAACAGGGCAUGGGCUAAAAGCGAUUGAUUUGGUGUGCAUGAAGAAACUUGAUACCAGAGUAAAUGUCAUUCCUGUAAUCGCCAAGGCCGAUACAAUUUCCAAAAACGAGCUGCUGAAAUUCAAGGAAAAGAUUGUGGCCGAGUUGAAUGCCAACGGAAUCAAAAUCUACCAAUUCCCAACGGAGGAUGAUACUGUCGCCGAGAUUAACACUUCCAUGAACACACACAUUCCUUUUGCUAUUGUUGGAAGUACCGAAUUUGCUCGGGUGGGAAAUAAGAUGGUGCGAGCACGACAAUACCCAUGGGGCACUGUCCAAGUUGAAAACGACACGCAUUGCGAUUUCAUCAAGUUGCGUGAAAUGUUGAUUAGAACGAAUAUGGAGCACAUGAGAGAAGUCACUCAUGCAAAACACUACGAAUUGUACCGAAAGACAAGAUUGGAACAGAUGGGCUUCAGUGAUGUAGACUCUGACAACAAGCCAAUGAGUUUCCAACAGACGUGCGAAAAGAAGAUGCAUAUGCACCAGCAAGAACUUGCCCAAAAGGAGGAAGAAAUGAAACAACAAUUCAUCCAGCGAGUCAAGGAAAAGGAAGCCGAAUUAAAAGAUGCUGAACGAGAGCUCCAUGCCAUAUUCGAUCAAAUCAAAGAUGACAACGCCAGGGAGAAGAAAGGAAUGGAAGAUUACCAAAAACAAUUGGAAGAUGAAAUCAGUGAAUUUCAACGACUCAAGAUUCAAUAUCAGACAGCCCAGCUUUCUGGUUCUCAUACAUUGUCACUUGGAACAUUGAAAGGCAAAAAGAAGUAAUGUCCAAUUUGCAAAAAAAAACACUCGCAUGUACAUUAAAUGUGUUAUCAUCAUUAUCUUUAUAAAUUUCUAAUGUGUCUUAUUAGUAUUGAGUCGCUUUAUACUUCAAAAAAUUGGAGAAUGUAUAUAGUAUUUAUAAAAUAUAUAUAUAUUACAAAAAUCCUAAUAUUAUCUUAACUUGGGCAAUUAUCCAAAUUAAAAUUUUGCAGUUAUAUUAAUCGUUUGUUCAGCUUAUCAAUUUUUUAUGUUUUUACUUUUAUAAUUUUGCAAUAUGCGUGACGUAAAUUCCAACUAUAGUAGAGCUUUCUUCGUAGAACUACCUGGUAUAAAAUUGUCUAUUUCCUAUACAUGAGCCAAAAUCUAUAACACUUGAAAAUACAAAAUCACUGCCUUGAAGUAAUGGUGUGUUUUGUUACCAGAUGUUCUGCCAGGCCUAAAUGUAUACCUGUCAAUGAUGUUAGCAUUAAUUAAACGCUUACUUAAUUUAUUAAAAAUAGUGACCAAGGACAUUAUAUUUACACUUUUCGUACAUAAUCAAUAGCUGGUUACUAUAUUGGUUAUAGAGUGGAUGAUACUCCUUCUAUAUAUUACUACAUAUUACUCAGGAAUGUAAAAUUGACAUGUAUUACUGACAGUAAAUAUUUUUAACCUGA